AUGGACCGGGCCGGCGCCGGUUCCGGUGCCGCGCCCGCGCCCGCGCCCGCGCCCGCGCCCGCGCCCGCGCCCGUGGAUAUGGACCCGGACUCGGCAGAUAUGGACGUAGACAUGGACACGCCCACGUCGUCGGCAAACUCGGCGGGCGCCACAACUUCGGGCCUAAUCAAGCUCGCUGAGCCCAGGCGCCGGAACCGCCCAGCUCUCUCGUGCAUCCAGUGUCGCACUCGCAAAAUCCGCUGCGACCGUAACGAGCCCUGCGCUAGCUGCAUCAAGUCCAAGAUCGUCAACUGCACUUACGAGGAAGCCCGCCGUCCCAAGCCUCGUCUCUGGAGGCUGUCCCCUGCCCCUGGCUCUGCGCCCCCUGACAUGUCUCCCGGCCCACCGCCUGCCACCGAGGACCCCUAUCUUCGCCUCAGCCUGACCUCUGGCUUCACCUUUAGAGAGGCGCACCCAUCCUCCAGCGGUGCCGGCCUCCAGUACGCCAGUUCUGCUGCCUCGCUGGCCAGUGUCAGUACCAGUGCCAGUGUCAGCACCCCCGCGAGGACCUCGGACCCUGCAUCCCUCCCCGGUCCUGUCGCCGCCCAGUUUGACUCGCCGGCCCGGGCCACACCUGCCCUUGCCGACCGCGUACGCCAACUAGAACAGCAGUUGGCUGAUGCCCUAGACCGUCACCGCUCCGGCCCUAGUUCCGCUCCUCGGCCCUCCCGCUUAUCCCAACCGCCCCUCAUCUCUAGCCAAGGGGUUCUGUCCAAAGCCAUGUAUUUUGGCUCGAGUCACUGGAUAAACGGGACCAAACUUUUCCCGUUGGUCAUGGGUGUUGCCGAGAAAAUGCAGUCAGACAAGACGUCCGAAGUCUACUCCCUCCUGCAAAAUUGUAAGAGUAUCGCGCGGUCUAUCAAGACGCAACGGGUUCCCGUUCACAUCUCCUUUAACGUUGGCAAAGCUACGCCGAUUUCUGAAGAGACGUCUCGGCGGCUGGUCGAGGCGUACUUUAGGACAAUGGAAGGCGUUUAUCGGAUCGUCCAUGUCCCAAGUUUCUGGAAGGAGUACCAAAAGUACUGGGACAACCCUGAAGCUGCAAGUAAGGCUUUUAUCGUUCAACUUCAACUCGCCAUGGCAAUCGGGACCUGUUUGCAGGACGAUGUUGCUGCUCUUCGCCACUACGCCACCCAGUGGAUAUACGAGGCGCAGAUAUGGCUCGUCUCGCCAUCCGAGAAGUCGCGCAUGACCUUUGCUGGCUUGCAGACAAUGUGUCUGUUGCAUCUCGCCAAGGAGACGUGCGGAGUUGGAAGUGACCUUGUCUGGAUCUCAGCCGGGUCUUUACUGCGGACGGCCAUGCACAUGGGCCUGCACCGCGAUCCCGACGUCUUAUCCAACCUGUCUACGCUUCACGCCGAGCUAAGACGACGACUCUGGGCCACGAUUUUGGAGAUCGUCUUACAAUCCAGCUUAGACUCUGGUGGACCGCCUCUAAUAUCUCUCUCCGACUUCGACACGCACCAGCCGGCAAAUUACGACGACGACCAACUCGCCGAGAAUGGCAACUUGUCAACGACACCCCGGCCCCUCAGCACAUUUACUCAGACAACUGUUCAGAUUGCUCUGCUCCGGUCUUUCCCGACACGCUUAGCCAUUGCCCAGUACGCUAACCACUUCAACUCCCCUGUUACAUACGAGGAGACGUUGAAGUGGAAUACCGAGCUCACGACUGCGUGCCGAGCACUGUCGGCCGCCCUUCAACCAGCGUAUGAUCCCGCUGGAGUCCUUCCAAAUCGUCUCUCCCUCUUCCAACUGCGUAUAGCAGAGCAAAUGGUCCAUCGGUUUUUCUUGACUCUGAAUCACCCAUGGCUAUGCUUGGCGCAGAGCAACCCGGCUUACUAUUUUGCUCGGAAAAUGUGCGUUGAGACCUCGCUGAAAUUUUACCGAGCCUUUGCAACCGGGUCACCCGCGGGUGAUUCUGGUACGGCCAGCCAAACAGACGAUUUCACACGACUGACGACGUGCGGCAACGGGGCGUUCCGAUCGGUUCCCAUAUUGGCGGUUCUUACGAUUUGCCUCGAGUUGUUGUGGCAAGCUCAGGAAGACCGGUCCUUCCGGCAAAGCUUGAAUAUGGAAAGCCAGCUUGAUCGGCUGGGGCCCGCCAACGAGGCCGAUGUGGGCGCGUCCGGCGGCAUUGGCAGCGGCGCGGCGCCGCGUCAAGAUCUGUUCGAGGCUGUCAAGUAUUCCAUUGGCUGGACUGAGCGCCGCAUUAAAAGUGGCGAAACAAGCGUUAAGGGGUAUAUCAUGUGCUCCGCGCUUUUAACUCAGGCCCAGGCCGUCCAGCGGGGCGCAUCAGAUGCAGAGGUGGAGAAAAUAGUUCUGAGCUGUGUGGCUGAUGACCUGAGGUAUUGCUACAAUCUCCUCAAGGAGACUACGGGAAUCUCUACGCUGACCGCGAGCAUGGGCGAGGGGUUCAACACUGGGCUUGAUGACUUGAGCUUGGAGCCGUGGGCCGAGUGGGAUUCGGAGGCUCUUAUGGAGUGCUAUGGUUUUAAAUCCAUCUUUAAUUUCGACGAUGUAGACUUCUUUGGCUAA